AUGGCCGAGGGCUCCUUGUCUGACGACUUCCAAGGGGCGAAGCCAGGGUCGGCCAGGGGGCCGCUCCCGGGUCGGUGGAACAGCCGCGGACGGGCGAUGACUUUUCAGGUUUGGGGGUGGCGGAGGGAAGACGCGUCUCAGGUUUUGGCUUGGGUGCCCGACGCCAAGGGCGGGAGAGGUGCAGCGAUGGCGCGCAGGACCCCGGCUACAAAAGACCCCACAGCUGUAGAGAGAGCAAACUUAUUAAACAUGGCUAAGUUGAGUAUCAAAGGACUCAUUGAAUCUGCUCUGAGCUUUGGCCGCACUUUGGAUUCUGACUAUCCCCCCUUGCAGCAGUUCUUUGUUGUUAUGGAACAUUGUCUGAAACAUGGUCUUAAAGUAAGAAAAUCAUUUUUGAGUUAUAACAAAACUAUCUGGGGCCCCUUGGAACUGGUGGAAAAGCUGUACCCAGAAGCAGAGGAAAUAGGAGCCAGUGUCCGGGAUUUACCUGGUCUCAAGACCCCCCUGGGUCGUGCAAGAGCAUGGCUUCGAUUAGCCCUCAUGCAAAAAAAAAUGGCUGAUUACCUGCGUUGCUUAAUUAUUCAAAGGGAUCUCCUAAGUGAAUUUUAUGAAUAUCAUGCGCUAAUGAUGGAAGAAGAAGGAGCAGUGAUUGUUGGGCUGCUGGUUGGCCUGAAUGUGAUAGAUGCUAAUCUCUGUGUAAAGGGAGAAGAUUUAGACUCACAAGUUGGAGUGAUUGAUUUUUCCAUGUAUUUAAAGAAUGAAGAAGAUAUUGGAAAUAAAGAAAGGAAUGUUCAAAUUGCUGCCAUAUUAGACCAGAAGAAUUAUGUUGAAGAAUUAAACAGACAACUGAACAGCACAGUCAGCAGUCUCCAUUCAAGAGUUGACUCAUUAGAAAAGUCAAAUACUAAGCUGAUUGAAGAGUUAGCAAUAGCAAAGAAUAAUAUCAUUAAACUCCAAGAAGAAAAUCAUCAAUUACGAAGUGAAAAUAAAUUGAUUUUAAUGAAAACACAGCAGAACCUAGAGGUUACCAAAGUAGAUGUGGAAACUGAGCUUCAAACAUAUAAGCAUUCUCGGCAGGGGCUUGAUGAAAUGUACAACGAGGCCAGAAGGCAGCUUCGAGAUGAAUCUCAGUUAAGACAGGAUGUGGAGAAUGAGCUAGCAGUACAAGUUAGUAUGAAACAUGAGAUUGAACUUGCCAUGAAGUUGUUGGAGAAAGAUAUCCAUGAGAAACAAGAUACUCUGAUAGGCCUUCGGCAACAACUAGAGGAAGUUAAAUCAAUUAACAUAGAGAUGUAUCAAAAGUUGCAGAGUUCUGAAGAUGGCUUGAAAGAAAAAAAUGAAAUAAUUGCCCGACUAGAAGAAAAAACCAAUAAAAUUACUGUAGCUAUGAGGCAGCUGGAACAAAGAUUGCAGCAAGCAGAGAAGGCGCAAAUGGAAGCUGAAGAUGAAGACAAGAAAUAUCUACAAGAGUGUCAGAGUAAAUCCGACAGUCUGCAGAAACAAAUCUCCCAAAAGGAGAAACAGCUGGUGCAACUGGAAACUGAUUUGAAGAUUGAGAAGGAAUGGAGGCAGACUUUGCAGGAAGAUCUUCAAAAGGAGAAAGAUGCCUUAUCUCAUCUUAGAAAUGAGACCCAGCAAAUCAUUAGUCUUAAAAAAGAGUUCCUUAACAUCCAGGAUGAAAAUCAGCAGUUGAAAAAAGUACAUCACGAACAGGAGCAAGCUCUUCAAGAACUUGGCAGCAAACUUAGCGAAUCAAAACUUAAAAUAGAAGAUAUAAAAGAAGCCAACAAAGCACUGCAGGGACUGGUUUGGUUGAAAGACAAAGAAGCAACACAUUGUAAACUUUGUGAAAAGGAAUUCUCACUCUCCAAGAGAAAGCACCACUGUAGAAACUGUGGGGAAAUUUUCUGUAAUGCUUGCUCUGACAAUGAACUGCCGUUGCCUUCUUCACCAAAGCCAGUACGGGUUUGUGAUUCCUGUCACGCAUUGCUGAUCCAGAGAUGCUCAUCUAACUUGCCAUAAAACUCCAGAACUAAGUCCUUACGUAUGAAAGUACCUACAAUGGAUGGUUAAUGUAUGAACCUGCAUAUGCUGUGUUUAGACAGUCCUUCUUAAGCAGCUUUCAGAUGGUAUUAGUUAUCAGUUUUAUCUUCCACACAUUCAUGGGAAUUAGAAGCUACAGAACAGCUCAUUGUUAUUCAAGAACUUUCAACAGGGCAUGCUUUAACUUUAGCUUAAUUCCUCAUUAACUUUUAACGCCAUUUAAAUCAUGCAACUUUUAACGCCAUUUAAAAGGCCAGAUAACAAAGCUCACACACACACACACACACUUGCCUUAUUUUGUAAAGGCCUUCUGUAGGGGUGCAUAUUAAUUCUCCAGAUUGUCAAGUUGGCAUUUGAUGAUGCCUGUAGUUUUAAUGCACUUUAAAGCUUCACAGUUUUCAGAGAAAGAUCAGAAAUACAUUGGACUUUUUGCAAGUAUUAAUAUUCCAACUCAAGACUUUUCCUUAGCUUGCAAAGAUUUCAACCUUAACUUUGUCCUUUCUGCCCUACUUCAUUUGCCCGUCUUGCAUUAGAAAAGGCCAGUACUUUAUCCUAUAGAAUUUCCUUUUGGUCAUCCUCUAAUCAUUAAUGUAUUUAUUAGUACUUCUCAGAUAGUGGUUUAAAGAGGUAUUAUUUAUUUUACCUCAAUUUUUUCCUUUGAAAGGAAGUUAAAACUUAUCCUCCUUUACCUUUCUUUUUACCAAAAAAAGAAAAAAGUUCUUACAGAUCUUUCCAUAUGCUAUACCUGCUAACACUGCUAGUUUUUUCAGGGAGGGCUCAUACCUCUUUCAAAAGAAAAAUCUGUCCCCAGAAAAAAGGUUUAUUAAUAGUAAGGGAUUACAAACUCCUGAUUGGUUCUCCUCUGAGCAUUAAAGGAGAAAUCUAAAAUAGCUAAACUUUGCCUUUGAUAGGACUUGGGUAAUUUAUUAGAUUUCCAUUCUAGUGACUUUUAGGAAGCAUUACAUCAUAGUGAUCCACUACUGCAGUUAUAAACACAGUGAACUCUUCACCAUAUAAUGAGAACCUCUAAGGCAGGAUUCUUUCUGGAACAGAUGAUCUGGUCUCAGCCCUGCCAUGAACACAUGAACUAUGUCAAGCAUGAAAGAUUUAGUGAACACUAAUCCCAUUAUACUGCUUGUAGCAUACCAAGAAUAUGUAAAGUUACCCUUGUAUGAGUAAUCUUUGAAUAGCAUCACCACUUGGGAGACCCCUCUUAGGUAUUUUUAGCCAUGCACUUUAAGUCUAUGAAUCUUUCACACAGAUAGGAAUUUAUUAAUCCUAGGAAUAUUAUAGAGAAUUAAUCAUGACCACUUCCCUCCUACCUAAAAUGGUUACUUACUCCGCAGGAUCAUUUCCUCAGAAUAUACGUAUUUUCACUUGGGUUUAAAAAAUGAAUUUUCUAAAUUGCCAAAGUAUGAAACCAGUAUUUUACUUGCAUUAUUUUCUCCAUAUCCAGUUAGCUUUUGAGGUCUUCAGUUAGAACUGCUGUACAGAUUUUUAGGUGGUCUUUCUUGAAUGUCGACAGAAAUAUUGUCAAGAGAUGAAUUAUAUUCUUGAACUGUUUUGUAUUGAUGGGAUGAAUUAACAUUUUUAUGAUUACUAAAAAUGAGAAUAAGCAAAUAUGAAAUUUCAAAUACUAGGUGUUUAUUACUGUGCUUACUAGAACAAAUUUUUGAAUGUGAUUUUGCUUAAAUUCUAAGGCUGGUUUCAUUCAACAGACCAUGAUUUUCAGUCCCCUUUAAAUUCAUUAUUCAAAACUCUCAUUAUCCCCAUUGAUUUGGGCUUUUUGUAUGCAAGCCUUUGGGACAGCAAUACAACUUGCUUCAUUUAGUUUGGGCUCUUAAAAACUAUUACUAAAUUUUGGAUUUUGUUAUAAAACUUAAUUUGUAUUGUGAAUCUACACUAUUUGUCAAGAUUUGCCCUCAUAGAAACUAUUUAUGAAUCUCACAAACCAUUCCGUCUAGCCAGUACUACAGUAAUGCUAUGGUGGUGCCAAGGAAUUGUAAUUCUUACUCCGUGAUGUUUUAAAACAAAAUGUGAAUUUUAUAAACCAAAUAAAAGAUAUGAAAAAUUGCCCUUUGAAAGGCUAA